AGUAAACCAAUGGAAGUGAGACUCUCAAAUAUGACUGCAGCAAAGGCUAUCAGUGGUGCUGUCAGGACUUCCUUGGGUCCAAAGGGAAUGGACAAGAUGGGAGAGGUUAUCGUUACCAAUGAUGGAGCGACCAUCUUGAAAAGUAUACAAGCCCUGCAUCCCGCAGCGAAGAUGCUUGUUGACUUAUCUGCUGCGCAAGAUAUUGAAGCAGGGGAUGGCACGACCAGUGUUGUUGUGUUAGCUGGUAGCCUACUUGGGGCGGCUGAGAAGAUGCUUGGGAAAGGGAUUCACCCUUCUCUUAUUGCAAAUUCUUUCCUAAAUGCUAGUCAGAAGGCAGUCGAGUACUUAACUGAGAUGUCUACGCCGGUAGAUCUCAAGGACAAUGCCAGUAUAUUGAGAGCGGCAAUAACAAGUCUCAACUCCAAAAUCGUUUCACAAUACUCUUCAAUUCUUGCACCUAUCGCAGUUAAGGCCGUGACUCGUAUUGCGACAUCACAAAGCUCAAAUGUAGACCUUCGAGACAUCAGAAUCGUGAAGAAGGUUGGAGGCACGAUUGAAGAUACAACAUUAGUAGAGGGAGUUGUCCUAAAUCAAAACAUGAUAACCUCACAUGGCGGACCAACCCGAGUAACUCAAGCAAAAAUCGGUCUGAUUCAGUUCCAAUUAAGCCCUCCAAAGCCAGAU